CAGAGGAUGUGGUUCUCCUGAGCUUGCAGAACAUCGCACAGACAUACUUUCAGCAUGACCUAAACAGCUGCACGCGAAGUGUGUUGUCUGCGCUCCGUUAGCUGCCUGCCGCAGGAGGACUGAUCUGUGUGAUAUCUGGGGAGGAUCGGAUUUUCGCUUAUUGUUAUUGUUGUGCCGGCAAGUCAAACGGGAAUCGCGCGGGUUAUUUGUGGACAGUUACCGUCACUCUUGCGGUUCACGCGCUGCACGGCACGAAAUUGAAGCGUCUGCGUGUCAAAACCUUCCCAACAGACGUUUGCCAGAUUUUUGGGAUCAUCUCUGAAACUCUUGGGGAGACACAAGUUUAAGUGCGCACUCGUUCGACAGAAAUGGGCUGCGGGUUGAGGAAGUUCCGUCAGACGGAAGACAACAGUCCAGGAAAGAUCUACUCCACCCUUAAGAGGCCGCAGGUGGAGACCAAGAUUGGGGUCGCCUACACAUACCAGCACUUGGACUUCCUGGUGGGGAAAGACGAUGGGACAUCCACGCUGUGUCUGUCCUCAGUGAGGGAGCUGCCAUCACAGCUGCAGGAUCUGUACCAGCAGGGCUUCAUUCUAGCAGCUGUGCACCCGUUUGUCCAACCGUGUGGCCCAGAGCCUGCCAAUGUCCAGUGCCAGCUCUAUCGGGCAGUGCUCAUCAAAGUCUCUGACAGCUGGGAGAAGAAUCCAGGGGACUUUGAGCCGUACCAUCUGAAACUUGAGGAAUGUAUGUCUACAGAGCAGAUUCCCAGCACGGAACACAUCCAAGGCUAUGUGAAAAAACAGAUCCAGGAUGCUGCGGAUCAGGGCAUCAUGUUUGUAGGCUUCAUCCAGGAGCCAGCUGGCCUACGCCCACACGUGCUGCUGCACGGAGAACCAGAGGAACCCUCGCUCUCCUUGCACUCCAGCCCUAGCUCGCUGCAUGGCUCUGGGCAAACACCCAGCCCAAGUCCCCUAGAGGGUCCGGAACUGGGAGUUGAACCUGGAGUGGAGAACCAAGCGAGGAACUGGGGAGGUGAGGAUCACACCGAGAACGUGAGAGCUUCUGAAGGUGGAGAUGGAGAUGAGCUCUUUGAUGAGACAUCGGGCAUGUUGAAAUCAGGAUCUGGUGAAACACAGCAAGGAGAUGCACUGACACACAACAACAACGAUGCGGCCAAAAUCGCAGACACAACUGAGAAACCAAGCAGGUUGCCCCUGGCUAAGAGUGGAGCCGAGCUCUUUGGGUUGUUUAACUACCCCGGUCGCCGUGAGGGUCAGUUGAAGUACUACACAGUUAAAGUGCCUCUACGAGUACAUUCACAAGGGGAAGGAAUCUGCACUUUAGAGGCAAACUGGCUAGAUCACAUGACUCAACAUUUCAACAACGGCGCUUCACUGGUGGACGGAUACUUUCAGCUGGCCAAUGAUGAUGGUGAGAAUCUGCUCGCCAAGACUGUGGACAGUGUGUUUGUGUUCCAGGAAGGGGUGGAAGGCGACACUAAUGCAGCAACUGCGUAUGACGCUAUAGUAGUGGAACAGUGGACAAUAAUUGAUGGUUUACAGGUGAAGACAGACUAUAUUCCUUUGCUGCAGUCACUGGCUUCUUAUGGAUGGAGACUAACUUGUGUGCUGCCUACACCUAUUAUAAAGACUAACAGUGAUGGAAGUUUGGCCACCAAACAGAUUGUUUUCCUCCAGAGGUCAGUGCUGCCUCGCAAGAAGAAGGAAUCUAAGAAAGUCAUCUUUAAAACACGGAACAAGUCUAACAAGAAUUCUGUCAAAGAUGCACCAAAGAACAAGAGGAAGAAAGAGUCCACGGCCACCGUUGAGAAAGAGAUCAGUGAUCAAAAGAUCUGUGACGGAGCGGAGAAGAUCGCUGAGGAAAGAAAUACGAGCGUGAAUGAACGACAAGCGAGAAACCGGCAUAAUGGCGGUGAUUCUGAAGUGAAACGUGAACAGAAAGAAGACAGAGAGAAAAAUACAGAGGACGUAAAUGAGACAGCAAAAGGAAGUGAGGUAGGAGCUGGCCAGGAAAAACAGGAAGAGGUGGGCGGUGAUGGAGAUGGAAAUGCUGAGAAGGAAAAUAAGGAUGAGAAAAAGUCAAACGUAAAAACAGUGGCUGAAAUGGGUCCAUGUCAAGACAAGUCCUCACCUGUAGAUAUGCUGGCAGCACAAGAGACAGGACAGCGGGACAGUGAUGUGGACAAACAGGAAGACAGGUCAGCCAGCCAGAACCAUGGCAACGUGCAAGCGGAUAAAUUGGCACCGCUGCAGGAUGGUGUCUCAGCCAAUCAGGAUUGAAAUUGUGCUCACACCCAACAGGCCUAGAGAUGUGGACCUUUAUGAAUGUUCAAAAUGCUACACUGCAAAAAAAAUAUAUAUACAGUAUAUAUAUAUAUUUAUUAAUCAAAAUUUGUUUCGAGUAAAAUAUCUAAACAUACAAGAUUCAUUUAGUUGACUCAUUAAGGUAGAAAAUGCCCCUGUGAAUCAAAUGCAGGGGGCAAAUAUUGUCCCUUAAUUUUAUUACAUUGACCAGUUCCGAGGUUACAAACUUAAAAAUGAAGCCAAAAAUGUAAGAAAUUUGGAAAAAGACAAAGGUACAAGACUGUGCACUUAAUGUCUUUAAUGAGGGAAUGAACUACAAUCCCAUGAAGCAUUGUAAAUGACGUCAUAUUUAUUGAUUACAAGUAUAGAAACAUAAUAUGUGUUUAUUGCUAAAAAUUCAGAUAUAUACCAAUUUAGUCAUUUUAGAGUGUAGGGAGACUCGAUUGCAUCAUUCAAAGUGUAUCACGGGAGUGAGCAUUUGCUGUAGAGCUCUUUUGGCGCACUUUGUUCACCGUGAUUCUCUGAUUGGUGGCUCUUUCUCUGCAGGAUCAUGGGUACUGUAGUUCUAUUCCAGUAACUGUGCUAUUUAACACGAUUUUUGAAAUAUUAAGUUGAAAUAACGCAAACUGAUGGCUUCAACAGAAGCAUUUACCAUCAAUUAACAACCUCAGAGCUCAUGGUAGGUCUGGCUCUAAUCAGUUCCCCUAUGGAAAAAUAUAUGAAUGAAAACCUCGCUAAAUUUUGUUCAAUUUAUGCUUAGAACAAGAAGAAACAAAUUCAAGAUAUAUUUUCCAAAAACAAGUCUUCAUAAAGGCAGUUUUGCUUCUCAAGUAAAGUUAUCUUGUUUAAAGUAUGUUUAGAUUUCUUUACGGUAAAAAAGACAAAAAUACUGAAAAUGAAAAAGAUGUUUGUAGUGUAGCUUACUGUUGCAGUCAUGCAAACACCUCAAUGGACAUCGUGACCUCUUGAACAUUUCAACUUGCUGGUGAGCGAGCGAUACCGUCCCUUCCCCAUCGAGUUCUUUAAAUGAACUGAGAGGACUCCUGGAACAGGGAGGAGAUAUGGGAAGAGAUUGUUAUCAGUAAAUGCACUGGAUAGGAAAACCACAUUAAUAUUUACUCUAUGAGCCCAGCAGGCCGGAGACCGACUCAAAGUCUGCACUUCUACCAUACUGCAUACUAAAGACAGCAGACGCACUGGGAGGACAUGGUUACUUAGGCGAGAAGCAAUCGAUUGUGAUGUAAGGUGCAUAUGUUUGUGUCAGCACUGUUGUGUUGGUGUCUGGCCGUGUUUAUAAUCUGGGUCCGCAGUGUCAGGGAUUUUACCAGCAUGAGGUUUUCAGGGAGGGCACAUGUGUGCUUCUACAGGGGCUUGCAUUAGCUCUAAUGGCUGGAGAGGUCAUAUUUAAAACCAUAAUGGCUUUUCCACUCACUCCUCCUGCUGGGAAAAAAACGUCUCAAGCACUUGGCCUCUUCAAAAAGGACAUCACGCCCCAACUUCCCAAUAAAAGAAGUUGGCUUCAAUCUGUCUGCAUAUGCUUUGAAGAAAUUCACUUUGCACUGCCCUAGGACAUCUAAUUCCUUGCCUCUUACAUGACGAAGGUUCUCAGUUCUUUUCUGAGACAUUUCUGACACGUUGUCAUUAUAAUUGUGCAUUAGUCACAAUGCUGUUUGUUUGACUGUAGCUAGAUGGGGAAAUUGCAUGUUUGUUGUUUGACGACGACUGAACCAGAGACGAAAAGACACUCUUAUCAUCUUAUAUUCAUUUUUAACGUGUUCAAUCUCAGCUCUUGUGCACAAAUAGAUUUUCAUGCAUCAGUUGUCGCUCAUCACCGACAGACAGAAACUGUUUCAGUAUCGGCUGGUAUGAACACUGCUGUUCUGAUCAAUUUUGUGUUUGUAAUCUAAACUCAAUUUAUAAUCUAGACUGAGUCUACAUUCGAUGGCUGUGUUUCACUUUCUGUAAGUGCCACACUGUAAACCAGAUUUUUUAAAGGAGGGACAAGUCGAAAUUAUGUUUUGAGGGAAUCAACAUGUAGUUACAAAGGUUUAAUUGAGCUUAACUUGUAUAAAACCCAGAAUAUUCAUUUAACCAAUCGUGAAAAAUGUAGAUUCCAGCCUUCCAUUUAGGUCUACUCCUAUUGCGUCACAAAUUUCUAUUUACAAUGCCAAUUGCUCUCUUCUGUGUACAAAUUAUUCUAAAUAAAAAUAGGUUUUUUAUGCUGCUAAGCGGGAACUGCCUUGAUUUGCUUCUGUAUAAAAUAGCUAUGAAGUAAUUGAGGAACACUGUUCAGACACUUAAAAAAUAUUUAAGCCGAUUUUUACAUUCAAUUGAAUUGUGUUGUUUAAUAAAACUAAAAAUAUUUCGUUUUUUAAUUGUAUUUUAUUCAAUUACAAAAAUAGGCCAAAAUAUGUUUUGAGUGCAGCUCGCUUUGAAUGUGUAGCUUAUUUAAAGGCGCUGUAAGCAAUUUUUUCAUGGAAAAGUAUGCAAAAACAGCAAACAAAAAUGUGUCGGCGGACAUUGACGCUUUUCACCUGUCAAUGGUUUUGCUCGUUCUCAUACUGUUGUAUUUGAAGCGGAUCAUUGAGGCUAUGAUAUGUUUGUCAGUUAAGGGUGCUAUAAGAGUGCCACUGUUGAAUUUGACAGCCACAGGAACAAGCAAUGCUGCUCUUUUGCUCGGUUUUGGUCUCAAAAUUAUCUUUGGAGAGCUGGGUUUUGAAAUGAGGGGGCGUGGCUAAUUCAACAGCUCAGUCACGUGAAAGCUUCAGUAUGCUACAAUCACUUACAGCACCUUUAAAGAAUAUGGCACGCAAUUGCCUUGCACAAAAUGAGUAUUUUAAUGUAAAUUCAAAUAAUCGAAAUGUAUCGCAUUUGCAAGAUCAAUGGAAACAAUCGACAAUUAUGAUUUUUGUCAUAAUCAUGCAGCCCUAAUGCAAACAGAAAAUGUGCAUAGUAUACAUACCGCAUAGUACGAGUAGUAUGGUAUUCUGAACACAGCCUUGAUUCUGCCCUAAAACUCCUUUGGAAAUUCAAGCUUAGAGAAUACUAAAGCAUACACACGGCAGCUAUUAGUUUCUCAAAGAGUUUGAAGGUUUGUAUUAUUGCUUUGUAGACACUGGAUGUCAAACAGCCGUGAACAGUUUAAUUAGCUGACAGUGACGAAUGCUUUGUGUGGAAAAGUUACAGACGUGAUCUGUACCGCCCACAGUUUUGCAUGCAGACUCCAAUGUACACAAUAGCAGGCAUGACAUCAGCGAGUUUAUGGUCAGGUAAGUCCGGUUUGGGCUUUCGGGGUCAACCAGGUCAGUCUGUGGGUUGGUGCAGCCGCAUCCACGGGAGAUUACAGACAAGCUAUUAUGGAAAAACAAGGAUGUGGAAGAGAAUACUAGACAGGAUCUGCCAGUCUAUCAACAAAAUGAUGCUGAGCAAUAUUUAUUUGCCUCUUGAGUAUCAGCAGCGUGACCUAUGAUUCACACCGCAGUUAGCCCCUGUCUCCUGUAGUUUCCCUCGUCAUAUACAGGAAGAAAUGUGCUUGUUCAUUGGUUAUAUAACGAUUCAAUAUCUGAAAGUAUCCUACAGUGGUAUAGAGGAGAUUGCUGGAGCUAAUAAUGCGUAUUUACGUACAUGCUUCACGGUCCAUUUCCUGUCUGUUUUUGCUUUUCAGAAGUCGUUAACUGCUGAAAAGGGUGUGGAACAUGCUGGUGUAAAAGCGUGCUUGUGUAUCUGAAAACAUUUAGCCAUUUCUGCCUCCAUAUUCGCAGGUUGCUUCUUGAUUGUCAGACACGUCGCCGUUGUGAAACAUUUGAUCAAUGUUUUUCAUCAUUUGUAAGGACAAGCAACAUGAUACUGUCAUCUGUACAAUUUGUAUAUUAUAAUAAAUAUGAUUUAUAUUUGA